AUGAGUUACUGUGCAUCAGCUCAGUUCACCCAUAUUUAUAGAUUUAAACCAAUCAACACUACCGAAUAUGAUGAAAUGCGAGGAAAAAUCGGUACCAGGGCUAGGCUGGACGAUGUCUACUACCAGUUCCCACAACUCUAUCGUGAGGAUCCUUACUAUCAGCGAUUCUCCGUACGUCUCACUGGCAAUAGUUCCAUCCCGAAAAGAGCUGGAUUUUUGGAGGUUGUUUGUCGGGAGCUAGGCUAUGAGACGAUGAACGCUUAUCAUUGGCUCACACCUAGAUGGGAAUAUAAUCCACAAAUUCGCCUAGUUAAAACCUACGUGGAACCAAGAGAGUGUAGGGGAGAUGAGGAGAGUUUAGACAGAUGUAAUCUUCGACUUACGGGUAACGACUCGCAGUGGCAAUGUAUGGAUAAUGAGCAUUUUAACUACGUAUACUGCGGAAAGGACUCAACGUUGGAUCCGAUCUACAUAGGAGGAUGGGGUGGUGUGAGCUUUGGUCGCGCAUCUCUAGAAUUGGAUCAGAUUCCGACUAAAGAUGGUUCCGUGUUGCGUAAUGUGGAGAUUGUGGGUGGUGGAUCUGGACAUAAUGACAGCUUCCAGUCUGCUGGCUUACAAAUGUUUUAUAGAUCACCAAUUAUCGAUCAUGUGAAUGUCACAAAUAGCAGUAUGCAUGCGAUUCAGGUGGGUGAGAUGGUCUCAAUGCAUAGAUUCCGAGGAAUUUUGGGAAAAAUAAGAGUACAAAAUAUGUUUUUCACAAUGAAAGAAGAAGGCAUAGAUCUCAAUCACACUUUUUUUGUUGUAUUUUUCUGAAA